UGCAGCUGCUUUCUGCGGUCUACUGCCUGCCCCCGUCACACCCUUGCCUAUAUAAGCCCCGGCUCUCCCUUUUUUCUGCACUUCUUCCUUGUGUCUGAAUCCUCAUCGUCAGUAGAAGGACAAGCAGACAAAAUGCGUGAGUGUAUUUCUAUGCAUGUUGGCCAAGCUGGAGCCCAAAUGGGCAAUGCAUGUUGGGAGCUGUACUGUCUUGAACAUGGGAUCCAGCCAGAUGGUCAGAUGCCGUCUGACAAGACUAUUGGUGGAGGGGAUGACUCCUUCAACACCUUCUUCAGUGAGACCGGGGCAGGAAAGCAUGUUCCCAGAGCCAUCUUUGUUGACCUGGAACCCACAGUCAUUGAUGAGGUGCGUACAGGAACCUACCGUCAGCUGUUCCACCCUGAGCAGCUGAUUACAGGAAAGGAGGAUGCCGCCAAUAACUAUGCUCGUGGUCACUACACCAUCGGCAAGGAGAUCAUAGAUCUCGUUCUCGAUAGGACACGUAAACUGGCUGACCAAUGCACUGGUCUGCAAGGUUUCCUCAUCUUCCACUCCUUCGGUGGGGGUACCGGCUCUGGUUUCACCUCCCUACUUAUGGAACGUCUCUCUGUUGACUAUGGUAAAAAGUCCAAACUUGAAUUCGCCGUCUACCCGGCCCCCCAGGUAUCCACAGCAGUAGUGGAGCCUUACAACUCCAUCCUGACCACUCACACCACCCUGGAGCACUCCGACUGUGCCUUCAUGGUGGACAAUGAAGCCAUCUACGAUAUCUGCCGAAGAAACCUUGACAUUGAGAGACCAACCUACACCAACCUGAACAGGCUCAUUGGCCAGAUUGUGUCUUCAAUCACUGCUUCCCUGCGCUUUGAUGGAGCCCUGAACGUUGAUCUGACAGAGUUCCAGACCAACUUGGUGCCUUAUCCUCGCAUCCACUUCCCCCUCGCCACCUACGCACCAGUGAUCUCUGCUGAGAAAGCCUACCAUGAGCAGCUUUCUGUGGCCGACAUCACCAAUGCAUGCUUUGAGCCAGCUAAUCAGAUGGUGAAGUGUGACCCACGUCAUGGUAAAUACAUGGCCUGCUGUCUGCUGUAUCGUGGUGAUGUCGUGCCCAAAGAUGUCAACUCUGCCAUUGCCGCCAUCAAGACCAAACGCACCAUCCAGUUUGUGGACUGGUGCCCCACAGGCUUCAAGGUGGGCAUCAACUACCAGCCUCCAACCGUGGUUCCUGGAGGAGACCUGGCGAAGGUGCAGAGAGCCGUGUGCAUGCUGAGCAACACCACGGCCAUCGCCGAGGCCUGGGCCCGACUUGACCACAAGUUCGAUCUCAUGUACGCCAAGAGAGCCUUCGUCCACUGGUAUGUCGGAGAGGGAAUGGAGGAGGGAGAGUUCUCCGAAGCCAGAGAAGAUAUGGCCGCUUUGGAGAAGGAUUACGAAGAGGUGGGCACCGACAGUGUGGGAGAGGAGGAUGAGGAGGGAGAGGAGUAUUAACAGGGCCAAAACCACCACACAUUCCAAAUGUUGUUCUGAAAGCAACACAUUCCCAGUACAUUAACAAAUACUGAGGUGAUUUGUCUGUAUCCUGAAAUAAAGGCUGAAAUGAGCAUGU